AUGAGUAAGAUGUCAGGGGAGGAGCAGUUUUAUCUGUUCAAGAACAUCUCCUUGGUGGGGCCAUGGGAUGGGCCUCAGUACCACAUUGCCCCUGUCUGGGCCUUCCACCUCCAAGCAGUCUUCAUGGGCUUUGUCUUCUUUGCAGGGACACCACUCAAUGCCUCGGUGCUGGUGGCCACCCUGCGCUAUGAGAAGUUGCGACAGCCACUCAACUAUAUUCUGGUCAAUGUGUCCCUGGGCGGCUUCCUCUACUGCAUCUCUGUCUUCAGCGUCUUCAUCGCCAGCUGUCAGGGAUACUUCAUCUUUGGCCGCCACGUUUGUGCUUUGGAGGCCUCCCCGGGCUCUACGGCAGGUCUGGUGACAGGCUGGUCACUGGCCUUCCUGGCCUUUGAGCGCUACAUGGUCAUCUGUAAGCCCUUCGGCAAUUUCCGCUUCAGCUCCAAGCACGCACUGAUGGUGGUCCUGGCUACCUGGACCAUUGGUAUUGGCGUCUCCAUCCCACCCUUCUUUGGCUGGAGCCGGUCCAUCCCUGAGGGCCUGCAGUGUUCCUGUGGCCCCGACUGGUACACCGUGGGCACCAAAUACCGCAGCGAGUACUAUACCUGGUUCCUCUUCAUCUUCUGCUUCAUUGUGCCUCUCUCCCUCAUCUGCUUCUGCUACUCGCAGCUGCUGGGAGCCCUCAGAGCUGUUGCAGCCCAGCAACAGGAGUCUGCUUCAACCCAGAAGGCCGAGCGGGAGGUGAGCCGGAUGGUGGUAGUGAUGGUGGGCUCCUUCUGUCUCUGUUACACGCCCUACGCUGCAAUGGCCAUGUAUAUGGUCAACAACCGGAACCACGGGCUGGACUUACGGCUUGUCACCAUUCCUGCCUUCUUCUCCAAGAGUGCUUGUGUCCACAACCCCAUCAUCUACUGCUUUAUGAAUAAGCGGUUCUGA